GUGGCGUCUUGCACUCCGUAACAUGCUAGCUGCAAACAUUAACCGUGGUCAUGCUUAAGUAACUUUACUGCCCUUGAACUUUGUGACACAUUUCGCUUUGAGAUAUGACACGAAAAAGACACGCGAGGAGAAAGAUGCGGGUUGUUAGCUGAACGUUCACGCCUGUUUUGUCGCCUAUAGUCCAGUCAUGGCGGGGAUUUUCCAAAAAACACUGAGACUGAGGACAGCUCUCAGACAUCUGAGCCCCCACAGCACCUUCUCGUCAACAACCACAGCCAGACUUUCACCUGUGGACCUCCGCAGUCCGUUUCUUCCCACCACAUCAUGGCAGUUUGGAGUCUGCUGUCAGAAGCUGCACACAGGGGCAGACAGGUCCACCCCCUCCCCCUCUGCUGCUCCAGACAGGCUGCCUUUCUCCAGAAUAACUCAGGAAGAUUUGGCCUUCUUCAGGAACAUCCUACCAGACAGAGUCAUCACUGAUCCGGACCUGCUGGAGUCCAGUAAUGUGGAUUGGCUCAAGACAGUGAAAGGCUCCAGUGAGUUGCUGCUGAGACCUCAAACGACUGAGGAAGUUUCUCAAAUUCUCAAGUACUGCAACAGUCGUAAUCUGGCGGUGAAUCCUCAAGGAGGUAACACUGGGCUGGUUGGGGGCAGCGUGCCGGUGUAUGAUGAGAUCAUCCUCUCCACUGCCCUCAUGAACAACAUCCUCACCUUUGAUAGUAUCUCUGGCAUUCUGACCUGUCAGGCAGGCUGUGUCCUGGAGAACUUGUCCCUUUACCUGGAGGAGAGAGACUACAUCAUGCCACUCGAUCUGGGGGCUAAAGGCAGUUGCCACAUUGGGGGAAACGUGGCAACAAACGCAGGUGGACUCCGGCUGCUGCGAUACGGCUCCUUACACGGGACUGUGCUGGGUCUGGAAGUGGUGUUGGCAGACGGGCGAGUGCUGGACUGCUUGGCCACACUGCGGAAAGAUAACACAGGAUAUGACCUCAAACAGCUCUUCAUAGGGUCAGAGGGCACACUGGGGGUCAUCACCGCAGUGUCCAUCCUUUGUCCACGGAAACCCAAAUCUGUUAAUGUGGUUUUUCUGGGCUGUGAGACCUUUGAGCAGCUGCUGAAGACAUUUCAGCUCUGCAGAGGCAUGCUGGGAGAAAUCCUGUCGGCCUACGAAUUCCUGGACUGUGAAUGUAUGAGGCUGCUGAACACGCACCUCAAACUCCCCAAUCCCAUUUCUGAUUGUCCGUUCUACGUUGUCAUGGAAACGUCUGGAUCCGACCCAACACAUGACGGAGAGAAGCUCCACAAUUUCUUAGAGGAGGCGAUGACAUCAUCGUUGGUUACAGAUGGGACUGUGGCCACUGAAGACUCAAAAAUCAAGGCUCUGUGGUCGAUGCGUGAACGUGUCACGGAGGCGCUUACUCAUGAUGGCUUCACUUACAAAUAUGACAUUUCGCUUCCAGUGGAGCGGAUCUACCAGCUGGUGACAGACAUGAGGGAGCACCUGGGGGACCGAGCCAAGAGUGUGGUGGGAUACGGACACGUAGGAGACGGAAACCUCCACCUGAACAUCACCUCUCCUGCCAAAGACCCUGCUCUCCUCGCUGCCAUCGAGCCCUUCAUCUACGAGUGGACGGCCAGCUGUCAGGGCAGCAUCAGUGCAGAGCACGGACUGGGCCUGAAGAAGAGGAACUAUAUCUACUACAGUAAACCCAGCCAGGCUGUGGCUCUGAUGGGUGACAUCAAAGACAUGCUGGAUCCUAAGGGCAUCCUCAACCCGUACAAGACUCUGCCAGAUAACCUGAAAUGACCCAAAGUGUCUCACUGCGGUGGGGUAAGUGGCAACGUACACAGAGCUCAUGCUGGAGCUCUAUUUCAGCUGUAACUUUAUUACCACGUUUUGUUUUUACGGCAGCUCACGGCUUUUCCUGUUGUAGCUUUGUCACACAUUUGGUGCCAAGCUGCAGGGUUUGCAAGUAGUUUCAUUGUUAUGUGCACAAAGCAUCACUUACAGAAUGAUGUCCACUUUAACAAGCUGCUGACUUUGUACUGUAGCAGUCUAGAGUUAGACUGUUACAAGUCAAGUUACUGCUUAACAUUAUCAACUACCUCUACUACUCACACGCCCAGAGUAGCUUUAAUGAGAUCCACGGCUUAUUCCACGGAAUAUUCAACAAGUUUUAGACCUUAAAGGGACAGUUCACCACAAAAUCAAUAACACAUAUUUUUACUUUUACCUGUAGUGCUAUUUAUCAGUUUAGAUCAGGGUUAGGCAACCUGUGGCUCCGGAGCCACAUGUGGCUCUUUAGACCCUCUCCAGUGGCUCCCUGUGCCUUUGAUAUAAAUUUAUAUGGAAAUGAAUGAUUGUUUAUCAUCAUGCAGAUUUAUAUUUAUCAUUGUUGUAGGCCGAGAGCUAUUAUUGCAUUCUACAUUUGUAAAAAUGUGAAGCCCAUACAUUGAAUUAAAAAAUGUUUUAAAGUUUCAUCAACUAAAAUGCGCGUCAUACGUCUAGGCCCUGGUGCUUUAUCUUCUAAAGUUUACUGAACUUCAGUUGCGGUGGUUAGCCUUAAGUCUCUCUAGCAAGGCUAGCUAUUGAUUCCAAAUCCAUUAAAGGAAAAGUCCUGGAGGAAAACAGCAAAUUUAAUAUGUGAACAGAUUCAUUUAUUUUCACCACCAAUGCUGCAAAGUUAAAGUACUAACUAAUUAUUAAUAACCCACUGCAGAGUAGUAAAUCAUAUCAGUGAAUGCUAAUUUAGACCUAAUAGGCUGUUACCUUUGUUCAAAAAUGUUCUGCAGCUCCAGACAGAUUUUUCUUUUCCUUUUCGGCCAGUAAUGGCUCUUAUAAUAGUAAAGGUUGCCAACCCCUGAUUUACAUUGUUUUUGUGUGUGUGGUGGAGAUAUCAGUCGUCCUUCUCUGAUAAAAUGGAACUAGAUGGGACUCAGCUUGUGGUGCUAACAGCAGUGUCACUUUCCAGAAAUCAUGACCUGGUUACUCAAGAUAAUCCAGAGAUCUUGUUUUGAGCACUUUCAUAAAGAACAAUUUUCUUUCUAUCGAUACCCACUAAACAUAUCAGUGUGCAGAAGGAAGUGUAAAUGUACUUGUGGACGAGAGGCUCGUGCUUGUGACAGCAUGAGAUGUUAACACUAAUAGCGUUCCCCUCAGCUGAGCUAUAACGUUAGGUAGCUCAGUGGUGCUAAGUGAGCUAGCAGUAGAUGCACGCUUCCUUCUGCACAGUGAUACAGUUAAUGGGUGUAGUUUGGUAGCAAGAAAAUAGUUCCGAAAUGAAACUGCUCACAACAAGGUCUGUGGAUUAUCUUGAGUAACCAGGUCAUGAGUUCUGGAAAGAGACAUUGCUGUUGAGUUUUUCAAUUUUUUUUAUGGCACCACAAGCCAAGUGCCAUCUAGUUCUGUUAGAGAGAUGGCAGACAUCUUUACAGCUGAUAUCUCCCAACACUCUGCAACUCACACUGGAACAAUGUAGACUGACAAACAGCGCUACAGGUAAGAGGAACUAUGUGCAUUUUUGAUUGUGGGGUGAACUGUCCCUUUAAAUAAAAGACACUUUGUACAGAUGAAUAGCAUAGAAUAUAUUUUUCAGUACUGCUAAGAGGAAGUGGAUGAAUGAUCAUGAAUGACGACGUAGGUGUUAGUGUGCCUACUAGGAGCCACUAGAGGGCAGACAGAGUGUGUCUGGAUAUACACUGUAAGGUUUUGUGCAUUUUAAAAUUGUGUAAAUGGGCCAUGUACAUGUGAACCUUACUGUUGUUUUAAGGCUGAUUUCUGAGACUGAAUCUAUAAAUGAAAAUGUAUUUGUAUAGAUAAACUCAGCUGUCAGUUUAUUAGGUACACCUGGCUUAAACUAACAGUCUAAUGCAACAGUCCUGCAGUCAGUCUGACCGUCAUAAAGGUUGUGAUGUUCAGUUUUUGUUUAAAGUGUUUUAGAAAAGUGCUGACUCAAAUAGAUUGUCAUUUUGGAGGCUGCUGGUCGAGGUGCUGUUGAACUGUACUGCAUGAUAAAGAGGGUUUUUUAAAGCCUAACCUCAUUGAAAUAAAUGGGAUUAACAAAAUAGAACAGUGCAAUGCAGUACGGUUCAACAGCAUCACAGACUGCAGCCUCCAAAAUGGCCAUAAAGUUGAAUCAGCACCUUUCAACAAGAAAACUGAACUAAAUAAUCUUGAAGUUAUGAUUUAUUGCAGGACUGUUGUAUUUGACUGUAUUAGUAUUAGCUAGGUGAACCUAAUAAACUGGUAACUGAGCGUACAUCUUUUCUAAACUCAUACACAGGCUGGCUAAUCAUGAGGCAAGAGUGCAGUAAAUGUUUUAUUACAUAUAAAAAAGACAGAGCAACAUUUCUUCCAAAACAAACCCAGUAUUUGUGAACAAAUUCAUCUGUAACUGCACAGCUAGGCAACUUUAUCUGUUGAAAAUGAAUCUUGAAUAAAACAGCUUCCAAAUGAA